UAACAACAAUGUUCUUGUUCCCCAUUAUCUUACAUUGUAUGAAUAUUAAAGCUUGUUCCAGGGGCCAAUGUAUAUCUGUUUCUCUCUAUCUCUGUGUUGUUGUUGUGUGUGUGUGUGGGUGGGUGUGUAUGUGUUUUUGUGUGUGUGCUUGUUUGUGUGUGUGUCAUGGCUUAGCUUGCUGCCACACAUCACACAUCAGAUGUGUGGUUUAUUUCCCCCUGCCUGCUGGGCUGUGUGAUUUCUCUCUUGAUCUAACCAUGUCUGAUGGCUUCUGUCCAGUGACCCGUGCUGUCAGGGGGAAAGCCUGCCUCUGGCCCCCAACGAAACAGCCUUUUGUCUGUCUUCAUGUCUCCCCUGCUCUGCUCAGUCACCGGCUCAGGUCAGGGUAGGCCCAUUGAGAAUACCCAGAGUGAAGCCAGAGAAUGGCUGGGAAUGGCUGGGAGCAGGUGCCACUGGUGGUGGAGGGACCACAGAAGAGGUGGUGGCAUUUUUUCAUGCAUUGCUGAAUUCUGACAGAUCAUAAAUCAAAUUGCAAGGACUGCACAAAGAAAAGGGACUGUUUGUAGAAAAAAAAAGUGUAGAGAGCGAAAAACCCCUGAGCACAUUCCCUUUCCUGGCAGGCAGAGAGCACAAAAAAGGGUUCAUGAGAAAAAAAGAUAAAAAGAGUGAGUGAGAAAAGAAACUAGGCGAGGUGUCUGUGAUCUGCAAACACAGGUCCCCUACCGCAGUCACAUGGGGUGGAUUUCCGCUCCGCUGCGUUAAGUGUGAGAACUGAAGCAGGCUAGGGCCACUCAAGAACACAGCAACCAGGGUGAUGUGAGUACGCCUCCUCCGGUCCAUCCAACAUGAACUCAGUAGGUCUCCAGCGGCAGGACAGCCAGGACAGCUACAUCCUGGAGGGUUCCCUGAGGCAAGAGGGUUCCCUGAGGCAGAAGGGUCGUCUGUGGUACCGGCGCUCUCUGAGGAGCCUGGGAGAGAAGCUGCAGCAGAGAGCAGGGAGCCCCGGAAGGACCCAGCCCAGGGCCCCCCGCCAGAUGAGGCAAACUUCCAACUCACUCGUGGAUUAUUCGGACCCUCAGAGGACCACUCACACACUGGAGAAGCAAGACAAUGAGACGUAUGGCUUCGAAGUUCAGACGUACGGGGUGCAGCUGAGAAACGUCCCGGCGAUGGAGAUGUGCACGUUUGUGUGCACGGUGCAGGAGGACAGCGCUGCAGAGAGUGCAGGGCUGACCGCAGGUGAUGUUAUUGUUACCAUCAAUGGGGUCAGCAUUGAGGGUUCCACUCAUCAGCACAUCAUUGGCCUGAUUCGAGAAUCUACCAACUUCCUGAAGGUGGAGACGGUGUGCGGUACUGUAGUGAAGAGGAUCGAGCUGGAGAAGAAGAUGAGCUCGCUCAAGCAAACCCUGAGAGAGAAGUGGUCUGAGCUGCAAGCUCUGGGCGUCCAGGAAAAGCGCCUCACCCGAGGCAACCUGAAUGACAGCUGCCUGUACCCCUCCACGGACUCCCUGGUGUCGCUCAUGUCUCUCUCGGGUCUCCACGCUCACCGUUUCUCCAGCGACAGCAGCUGGCGGAGCGUGGCGACGGAGGACAGCGACCAGGCCAGCGUGUUUGGGGACCUGAGUUCACCCAGCCCCUUCAGCGCCGCCAGCACCACCGAUGACUCCUGCUUCUUCCCCAGCUCAGACCCCCAGCAGGGCGGCAGGCGGCAGCCCUCCUCCUCCACAGACCUCCCCCGCUCCACAGACCUCCCCCGCUCCACAGACCUCCCCCGCUCCACAGACCUCCCCCGCUCCACAAUCAACCGCAGCCGCAGCGGCAGCCUGGCGGACAGCAGCUCCCUCUCUCCCUCCUGUGAUCGGCGCUCCCGCGCCUCCUUGUUCGGGACGCUGCCCAGGAAGGCCCGGCAUCAUGGCAGCGUGCGCCAGCUCCUCAGGUUCCUGCCUGGACUGAACCGCUCAGUGGAGGAGGAGGACAACUGAGACCAACACAGACAGAGGCCUUCCCUUCUACUGGCAAUCGGUUACUUCAUGUGUUCAUGUCAUUCAUUUUCAGAGGGUUUUCUUGCAACGUGACUUACUCUGUGUGGGUGUGUGUGUGUGUGUGUGUGCAGGGGGGGCUUGAUCGUUGGACCUGUUGAUCUGCAGUUAAAGGCUCACUGCCCUGGUGGAAGGUAGUGCAUUAUGUGGACUACAGACUCUGAAUGCUCUUCUCAACAGCUUUUAACAUGAUGCAGUCUGUGGUCAUGUAGCAGACACAACCAAGGGAAUCAUGGGUAAAAUGAAGCAUUAUAAUGGAAAGAGGAUCCUCUUAUGAGUCACCCAUUAAGACUGUCGACAUGGACUGCAGGCAGCAUGUCAGACUACCAGGAGAACAUUGUCUUGGUUAUUCCAUCGAACAUUAACACAGCAUUAAUACUUAUUCUGCUAACUACUCUGAAAGCAUGGACCCUGUAAAUGACGGCUACAGUAUUGUAUUUACUCGCGCAAUCUUCUUCUGAAUGUGACCACUGAUGCUGGGUAAUUAUCCUGGAUCUUGAAGAUAAACAGGGCUCACAAUGCCUUUGUUUUCAUUAGAAUUGUAAAUGUUUUGUGGAAAGGAGACUAUACAUAAAUACAUUUCUAUAUAAAUGUGAAUGAGGGAGUUGUGAGGGAGGUCUGGCUCGUCUGUCAUGUGACUGCUUCUAAACCGCCAGGUACCUCCGCAGAGGAAAACAGGAUGUGGCAGUAAGAGGUGCUAGUUUCUUUACUAUUUUCGUUUGCAUAAAAACUUCUGAGGACAAAAGUUUUUAAACACUGUAUGAUAAAAUACUCUUUUUUUUGUAAAUCACUGACGAUGUUUAUGGAUGUUUUCUUUCUUUUGUCAGAAAGUACAGUUUGCUGGCUGUCAUGUGCUCUUUAGUUUGACAUGGAAAUCAAGGCAACUAGGCUACUGUGAAGACUGAAAUCUUACUGCAGUAAAUAAAAGGUUACUUCAAACUGUUCACAUUUAAAUUGAAAUAAAACAGUGUUUGCCAUUAGGUCCACUAGCUGUAGUUUAAUACCUCUAUGUAAACUACAAAUGUAUGUCUUUUUAACUGACUUUAAAACUCGUUUUUAUUUAUUAUUUGUAUUAUUUAUCCAUGAGCUCAACUUCCUUCUGUUGACAAUGAUUCCCCAGCAGCUACCCCGGCAACACGUUGUCAUGGUGCUGAGAAUGUGAAGUUUGGGUUUAUGGCCUUUUCAGUGUCUGCAGAGCUGCCUAUGACUAAUACAGAUUAUCACCAAUAACUACAUCCACUAGAUGGCAGUAUGGGAAAAUCUAUUUAAACAUUUGGCUGCCUUGACGACAGAGACUGAAUUCUAUAUUUGAUUUAAACUGAAUUAUCUGUCUAGAUCAUCUACGUACAUAAAAACAUUUCUUACA